AUGAACGAGUCGAAUAACAGAGGAAGAACCCGACAACGUAGAAGUAACAACAACGGAAUCAACAACAGCGGAAUCAACAACAACGGAAUCAACAACAACGGAAUCAACAACAACGGAAUCAAUAACAACGGAAUCAACAACAACGGAAUCAACAACAACGGAAUCAACAACAACGGAAUCAAUAACAACGGAAUCAACAACAACGGAAUCAACAACAACGGAAUCAACAACAACGGAAUCAACAACAGCGGAAUCAACAACAACGGAAUCAACAUUGAAGAUAGCGAAAACAAUAACUUUAUCGUGAAUGACGAUGGUAUGUUCAUCGACGAUAAUGACUCGUUAGAGGAUGAAUGUAUCACUCCAAAAGACGAUGAAGAUAAUAUAAACUCCAGAAGAAAGAGAACAGAUAGAUUAAAUAAUAACGAAAAUAAAAAUAUGGCUAGCGAGAGAGGAGCGUCCAACAAUGGUAGCGGUAGCUUGGGCCGCGGCCUCAACAACCCCCAUGCGCAGCAACAGGCGCACGAGCAGUACGGCAAUCGACACCCGGAAGGCAGCAAUUCCAGCGUACUCAUAAAUGGCGCUCCGUCGGAGGGUGCAUUGCCGGAUAGCGGUCUUCCCAGCAGCAACCUCCCCAAUAGCGGCCUCCCCAAUAGCGGCCUUCCCAAUAGCGACUUUCCCGAUGGCACAACGCAGAGCGUCACGGGUAACAUCAGAAACGGGCUCUUCGUUUUCAACGGAGACAACAUCCUGGGUGGUUAUGACGGCACAGGGAGCAGCAGUAUGCGUAGCGUGAACCAAGGCCUACUUGACGGUGUAGCCGCAAGUGUAGCGUUAAAUGUGGGCGCAAGCGGAGCCUCGAGCAUAGGCGCGAAUAUAGCUGGAGGUAUCUCCACCAACUUAGCGGCCAACGUGCACGAGAGUGAAGGAAGAAAGAACGAUCCUUUGAGCCACAUCCUCGGGGGCGAGAGGGACAACGUGUUCGUGAACGGAUCCAGCAACUACUUCGUGCAGAACGGAGUGCACGCCGAGAGCAACCACGCGGACGAAGUGAGAGAUGCGCGGAAUGACGCGAUGGAGCAGCAACAGCAGGAGGAGGAAGAAGAGGAAGAAGAAGAACAACAAGAAGAAGAACAACAACAACAACAGCAGCACCACCAACAGCAGCGGCAGGAAGAACCCAACCCGUAUGAAGAACUGAACCGGGAAAACCACGCGAACGCACUGAUGCAAGGAGUAGCCCAGUUGAGCGAAGUCAGGGCAAGGGAAAAUAUUAAAAAGAAGGACGACGAGAUGGAAAGAAAUAUAUUGCACAUGGGAGAGAGCGAUCCAUUAAAUGACGAACUAGUGGUAGCAUCAAUUCUUAAUAAUGAAAACCAAUUAGAAUCGGGAUCCCAUGGGAUAGGAGUACAAGGAUCAGCAGUAGCUCUUCCAACAGGAGGACUAACAGUAGAAAGCUUCAUACAGUGUUUGAAAAGAGAACUCACCUGUCCAAUAUGUCUUGAUUAUUUCUACUUACCCGUUACGAUGAACUGUGGACAUACCUUCUGCCGAUACUGCAUAGGACAUAACAAACUGAAUGGAAAGAACUGCCCUUUGUGUAGACAAGCCCUAGGACACACUGUAUGUAUUAACACGAUUAUCUCAAAUUUAGUACGUAUAUAUAAUUUGAGAAGAAAAUCGAUUAAGGUAUACAAGUCUAUUGAAAUAGUGAACACAGUAGAUGAAAUAUGGUGGAAUGAAAAUUUCAUUAAACCUCAAGUUAGUGUUCCUUUAUUUUUACGUAUUUUUCUCAACGAUAUGAUUUCCGUGCCUGUCUUUUUUGACGACCUGACUGCCUGCAUUGUUGAUUUUUUUACGGUCAACAAUCUAUGGUCCAAGGCUAAAUGGGUAUUUAAUAUUAAUGACUGUAAAUUAUUCAGCGAACUCAUUGGGUACGAUAAGGAGAACAAGGAAGUAACGAAUGACAGGUUACAUGCGUGGGUGGAGAAUUAUAUCACACAGAACCCAUCUAUGUGUAUUAGGAAAGAUGAGAAAAUUAUUUUGAAAAUUAUUCAGGAUAGAACCCAUAAAAUUGAUAGCCAAUUUUUCGAUUCAUCUGCACUGCCAAAUAGAUUGCCUUGGGAUGGGGGGAGACAUGUUAAGAGCUUAAUUCAUAUGCCCCAUUCGUCUGUCUCCUUGUCACACCUCAUAUUUGUCAAGGCAGAAAAUAACAACAUUGGUGUAGUCGAUUGUGGGUCAACUAUUGGCACCAUGAUCAAGGUUAACAAUAACCAUGUACUGAAGGAAGGAGAUAUUAUCCAUAUAGGAGACCGACUUGAAGUUACCGUGUCUAUUGAUAAGAACACGGCAGGUAUGCCUUACAAAGGAUACGUGUGGGAUAAGAAGUCUAAUAAAGUGCUUGAUAGACAUGAGUUAAACGAGCUCAUGAAGGAGAAGGGGAAGGAAGAAGGGGAUGAAGCAGAAAGGGAAAGAGGAGGAGCUAUUAGGGAAAACGAAGAUGACGCUGAACAGAGAGAAGAAUCGGGACCUGAAUCGAGAGUCGAUCCCAGUGUGGAACGUCUCCAAGAACGGAUCCCUGAACAGGGUGCAGAGCGAGGGGCAGAUGCUCAGGACCCCGCCAACAACGUGGGGGAAGAUAGCAUGCCUUCGCACUGUGAAAACAUCGAGUCCAAUUUGCUAAUUAAAUUCGAUUUUGGAACUGUAAAAGAUGAAGUGACUUUAAAAACGGAGUAUAUCGACCCCAAGGGAGUAGUCCUAGGGAGAGGUCCCUAUGCGCAGUCCAGUUACAAAAAACUGUCCGUUACAAAUUCGAAUGGUUAUGUAUCUAGAGAGCACUGCUUAAUAUACUAUGAUGGAACCAAGCCCGUUGGAGAAAGAUGGCUUUUGAGGGAUACUAGUACCUUGGGAACGUUCUUAAAAAUCCCCCCCUUUUCUGAACCCGUCCCUUUACCUGUGGGUUCUAUUUUUAAAGCCGGCCAAUGCAAAAUUGAAGUUUGUUCUCGUGACAGUGCGCAAUUCGCACAGCACCCUGCAAGGUCCAUUUCGCUACUCAACGCGAACAACAGACCCAACACGGGCCCACCCAACACGGGCCCACCCAACCCGGACGAUGGUAGGAACAACGAUAAUGGAAGUGGGAAUGGAAGUGGAAAUGGGAAUGGAAAUGGGAAUGGAAACCCGAAUAAUCAGAACAAUUCCGGUGGAGGUCAAGGAAGUGGCAGCGGUAGUGGUGAAGGUAAUGAAAGAGGAAAUGGCAGACAAAGACAAAGACAAAGAAGGGCAGGCAACAAUCACAACAAUGGAAGAAACAACUACCGUAAUCAGGCAAGCCUUGGAGUUGGAGGUAUAGGUCACAACUUCGUGCUUGCCAGAUGCGGAGAAAUAGGAGAGCCUAGUAGUAAUGACAGCAGUAGUUUAGAGAGCUUGGGAGGGUACAACUUUGGGGGACAGUACUACCAGCAACACGUCCCUGAUGAACAUAAUGGAGAAGGAGAAGGAGGAGAAGGAGAAGGAGAAGGAGGAGGCGGUUACUUGAUAUUUAAUGGGAGUGCUCUGCGGAAUGAUCGAAGCGGUCGAGGGCCCUAUAAUGUAGCGAACAGUAGUGGUAACUUUGCCAACAGAAUGACGAUGACGAGAAGCAAUCAUGAUGGUAGUGGCGGUGGUAACAGUGCGCGCAUGAAUGCUCGGGGUGCCCACCAGCGUCAACACCAGAACCCCAUUCAGCAAUACCAGCAGCAUCAGCAGCAUCAGCAGCGUCAGCGUCAGCAGCAACACCACCAGCACAAUCGGGACACGUACUUCUACAACUACCUUCAGCACAGAGUCCACCGCCAAGGGAACGACGAAAGCGUGAGUAACGGUAACGAUGUUAAUGAAAACAGCGAUAAUGAAAACGGGAACAACGGCUUCCCGAAUGGGGGCAUCAAUAACGCGAGGAACAACGACAAUGCGAAUGGAGCGAGUGGCCCCAGUGGCGCGAAUGGAACGAGUGGUGCCAGCGGCAGUCAGAGCACGGGUCAUCACGGCAGUGGAAGUAGUACCACCAAUCGUUAUAACGGGCAUAUGAGUCGACAUUACGGGAGACAGGCCAACCGCGAUGGUUACGAUCGAGCCAAUCGAUGUGUUCACGGAAACAAUCUCCUCCACGAGAUGAUUACCGUUAACGCUGAAAGAAGCCUAAUGAACAAAGAAAAAGGAUACUACAAUGCGCCCCUAGGGAGAAGCCUCGUAGACGUGAUCAACGAAGAUGUUGUUUCUCUGAGGCACGUUCCCCACGCGAGCCACAAUGGAAGUAUGUACUACGUGCAUGGCGUGGAGAGAAUCAACCCAGUAGUGUGCAGUGCACCUAUCGAGGGAGAAAACAUCUUCUGCAUCGACAGCUUUAACUCGUGCCAGGGUAUCAGAGUGCAUCAUGUGGAAGAGAGUAGCCCCAAUCACAAUCAGCAUAGUAGUUUAGAUCAGAGUCACGAACUGAAUGGAAGAGGGGAUGAGGAAGUUGAAGACCCAAAUGAGGAGAGCCACCAAAAUGAGGAGAGCUUCCAAAAUGGUGACUCGAAUGAGCAUGGACCAUGUGUAAGCAUGGGUGCAGUGAAUCAACCACAAAGGAGUGAUGAUGCCAUCGUCCCGUAUGAAAACUUUUGCAGUACCUCCAAUUGUGAGAGGAAUAUGAGUAUGAACCCGCACAAGAAGAGCAACAAGGGAAGCGACGAUGUAGUAGACGCUCGAAAUGGUUUGGUUUAUUGGAGCCCCGUGAGCGAAGGCUGUUGGAACGUCGUGAAUGAGAAGGAUUUUAUCGGAAACAACGUUUCGAGUGAUGUGGCUCAUGGUGCAUGUGGAAGGAAGGAGAAUCACUGCGAGGAGGAGAGCCUCUACAAGAAGAGACAUCAUGGAGAAACGUUUAUGUACAAUAGCCUCUCCACCGUGGAAGAGGAAGAAGUAGAAGAAGAGGUAGAGGAAGAAAGGGGAAAUAGCCUUACCGAGGGGGACAGCCUGAAGGGGGGCGCCCAGAUGAACGAGCAGGGAGAGUCGAACAUCCAAGGUGAGGAGGACCAUUGCGGUGUAGGAUGCGAUACCAGCCGUGACACCAGCAGCGAUUCCAGCCGCGAUGCCACCCGCGAUACCAACUGCGAGGGCGACGUGAGCACGAAGAACAUCAAUACCACCGCAGCCCAGGCAGGCAUAUUUAACGAAAUCGAGCCGCUCAAGUUGAUAUACGACUACAUCCACGACCUGGAGACCACCGAGAUUGGCAACUCUGACAUCAACCAAAGAGUCAUAUGCGAAGAAAAUGAGGAAAUGAUGGACCUUCUAAAUAGUUCCAACGUGAAGACGAAAAAAAUUAGCUCCCUGAGUAUAUACCCCAUGGUGCAUCACCUGCCACUCAACCACUCUGAGCAUAGGAAGACGGACGAAGACCCCCUCGAGGGAAAAGAAAAAACGAAAAGAGUUUUAUAUACUGAACGUUACAAUUCUUGUGAAUAUAAUGGGAUGCUGCCUUCGAUAAAGAUGAGCAACUGA